AUGGUCAACGCCGAAUUGUUGAAGAAUCAUGCAGCGCAAUAUAAAUUAACCAAAGACACGGCUGGAGAGUAUCAUAAACAACUGUUCAAACUGCAUCCGGAUAUGGCCGUUCACUACGAUGCGGAGGAUCUGGAUCCGGACACGAUACCCAGAUCGCAGAAAUUCAUCAUGCACGGCAUGUCCGAACUGCAGUACUUCUUCAAACUGCCGCAGGUGAUCGACGACGAUCGCAAAUGGCGCUCUGCACUGUCGGCAUUCAAGGAUCAAUACGAGGAUGUCGGUGUGCCCAUGGAAAAAUUCAAUAAAACUACCGAUGCUUUCCUGGCGGCAAUGGCCCUACACGCUGGUGGUGUCACCGAUGAGCAAAAAGCGAAUUGGGAAGAGCUGCUGGCCAAGGCUUAUGCGGACAUGAAGACUUGGGGAUGGUAUUGA